AUGGGGUCCCUUUACCGAUCAGAACAUAUGCGGUUCUGCCAAAUGAUUUUGGAAAAAGAAGCUGCAUUUAAUUGUAUUGCAGAAGUUGGAAAACAUCCAUAUGUUCAAUUUAAAGAUUUGAACGCUGAUGUUAAUAAUUUUCAAAGAGUUUUUGUUAAGGAUAUCAGAAAAUUUGAAGAAUUAGAAAGAAAAUUACGUUUUUUGGAAACUGAAAUAAAACGUGCUGAUAUUGAUAUUCCUGACUAUAACGAUCCAUCAUAUGAAGUUAUUAAUCAACAAGCAAUGAAUGAACUUGAAAAUACACUUAAUGAUUUAGAACGUGAUGUAAGUCAAAUGAGUGAAUCUAAAAAGGAACUUCAAAGAACAUAUAAUGCACAAAAAGAAUGGGAAGCUGUUCUUCAAAAAACUGAUCAAUUCUUUGCUGGUGGUGUUGAUGAUGCUGCUCGUGAAGAAAUCGAACAUCAAGUUGAAGAUGAUGAAGGAAUUCAAUUAAAAGGAGAAAAAGAAUCAAUUGGAUAUUCUGUUGGAGUUAUUGAAACUAAAAAAGUUAACUCAUUUGAAAGAGUUUUGUGGAGAGCUGGAAGAAGAACAGCUUUCUUAAGACAUGCUGAAAUUGAAGAUCCAUUAGAAUCAACUAAUGGAGGUGAAAAAGUUUCAAAAUCUGUUUUUAUUGUCUUUUACAAUGGUAUGAAAUUAAAGAAUAUAGUUGAUAAAGUUUGUGAUGGUUUCAAAGCUCAACAAUAUAACAAUUGUCCAAGAACUGCUGCAGCACGUGCUAAUGCUGCUUAUGAAGUUAAAGCAAGAAUUCAAGAUUUAAGAACAGUUUUAGGACAAACUAAUGAACACAAUAAUAAAGUCCUUAAUGCUGCUGCUGGAAAUAUUAAUCAAUGGAUGACACAAGUUAAAUUAUACAAAUCAAUUUACCAUACAUUGAAUCUUUUUACUUUUGAUGGUAUUGGUAGAUUUAUGGUUGCUGAAUGUUGGGUUCCACUUGAUGACAUUUCUAAUGUUAGACAGGCACUUGAAAAUGGUGCUGAGAAAAAUGGUACAAAUAUUAAACCAGUUUUAAAUAUUCUUGAAACACAUGAAAUUCCACCAACAUAUAAUAAGACAAAUAAAUUUACUGCUGUCUUCCAAGGAAUUGUUGAUUCAUAUGGUAUUGCUGAUUAUCUUGAAGUUAAUCCAGCACCAUACACUAUUAUUACUUUUCCAUUCAUCUUUUCAUGUAUGUUUGGUGAUCUUGGUCAUGGUAUUAUAAUGUUCCUUGCUGGAUUAUAUCUUGUUCUUAGAGAAAAAAAUCUUAUUGCUAGAAAUAUUAAAGAUGAAAUAUUUGGAAUGUUCUUUGGUGGACGUUAUAUUAUUCUUCUUAUGGGAUUAUUCUCAAUAUAUGCUGGAUUUUUAUACAAUGAUAUGUUUGCCAAAUCAUUUAACAUCUUUGGUUCAAGCUGGAGAAAUCCAUAUACAAAUGAUUCAAUCGAAUCAUGGCUUGCACAACAAUCUGCUUCAGGUGGUCAUGAAGAAAUGAAACUUGAAUUACCACCAGAUUAUGCAUAUUUAAGUGAAAAUGGACCAUAUCCAAUGGGAGUAGAUCCAAUAUGGAAUCUUGCAGAUAAUAAAUUAAAUUAUCUUAAUUCUAUGAAAAUGAAACUUUCAAUUAUUGUUGGUAUUGCACAAAUGACAUUUGGUGUUUUUCUUUCUCUUCAAAAUCAUAGAUAUUUUGAAUCAAAAAUUGAUAUAUAUACAGUUUUUAUUCCACAAUUAGUAUUUUUAUCAAGUAUUUUUAUAUAUCUUUGCCUUCAAAUUAUUCUUAAAUGGAUAUUCUUUUGGGUAAAACAAGAUGUUAUUUUUGGACAACUUUAUCCUGGUUCACAUUGUGCACCAUCAUUGUUAAUUGGUUUAAUUAAUAUGUUUAUGUUUAAAGAUCGUGAAGCUGGAUUUGUGGAUAUGGAUAAAAUUAUAAAAACAGAAUCUGAUGGUAAAAUAAUUUAUGCAGAAAAAAUGUCAUGUUUCCUUCAACAAUGGUAUCCAGGUCAAAGUAUUGUGGAAGCAAUUCUUGUUAUUAUAGCAGUCAUUUGUGUCCCAAUUAUGCUUUUUGGAAAACCUAUUUAUAUACUUAUGCAACAAAAAAAAGCUAAAAAAGCAAUCUCUGAUUCAAUGAGUGUACGUAUGAAUGCUCAUACAGAUGAAGCAGAAGUUAUUAGUAAUGGAAAAGUAAUUGAUGAUGUUGCACCUAAAGGUGGACAUGGUGGACAUCAUGAUGAAGCUUUUGGUGACAUUAUGGUACAUCAAGCCAUUCAUACAAUUGAAUAUGUUCUUGGAUGUGUCUCACAUACAGCAUCAUAUCUUCGUCUUUGGGCUUUAUCACUUGCUCAUGCUCAAUUAUCAGAAGUUUUAUGGGAAAUGAUUCUUGAAAAUGCAUGGGGUGUUAGUGGUGCUGGUGGUGUUAUAGCUGCAUUUGUAAUAUUCUUUUUCUUUGCAGUUUUAUCACUCUCUAUUCUUGUUCUUAUGGAAGGACUUUCAGCUUUCCUUCAUGCACUUCGUCUUCACUGGGUAGAAUUCCAGUCGAAAUUUUAUGUUGGUACUGGUAUACCAUUUGUACCAUUCCAUUAUAAAACUGUUUUAAAUCCACAAGAAUAA